AUACACUGUGAAGGUCGGACAGGAAAUCGGUAAACUGCAUGAUAUUAAUUUUGCCUGAUUGGAGAAACUACCUAUCUCUUUUUUAACAUGCGCCGAAUAGGUAAUCAAUUAUUCGGAUUCAGUGAAACCGACUAGGUAACGGCAAGGAUUAGUUUUUGGGAAAUGAUGAAUAGCUAAAACGUGAUGGUUAUCUAAUGUUAGGAGAUCAGAGAGGAUAGGCGUAUCGAUUUUUCUACUGUCUACAUGGUAAAACAGAAAGAAGAAUAAAAUGCCCGGAGCGAGGCGGGGACUUGUCGCCCCACAAAAUACCUUCCUCGAGAACAUCAUCCGUCGUUCUAAUGGACAACAUAGCAGCUUUCUCUUAGCUAAUGCUCGAAUUGUAGACUACCCGAUUGUAUACUGCAAUGAUGGCUUCUGUAAAUUAUCCGGUUACAACAGAGCCGAGGUCAUGCAGAAGAGCAGUACGUGUAGUUUUAUGUACGGUGACCUCACUGAUAAAGAGACCAUUGCCAAACUGGAAGGGGCGUUUGAAACCUUGGAACAAGAACACGUUGAAAUACUCAUAUACAAGAAAAACCGUACACCAUUAUGGUUGAUGGUACAUGUGGCCCCUAUUAAAAAUGAAAAGGAUCAGGUGGUGUUAUUUUUAUCAACGUUCAAAGAUAUAACCGCGCUUAAACAACCUAUUGAUGACGAAACAGGAAGAGGUUUAAGCAAAUUUGCACGUUUAGCUCGAUCUGUCACCAGAAAUCGAUCGACAUUAUUGCAGUUUUCAUCACAUAUGCCAAAUACCAAAUUCGACAGCUCUAAACCAUCACAGAUUGCUAAUAUGAUGAAUCUGAAUGCAGACGUUUUACCACAAUAUCGCUUAGAAGCACCCAAAACACCCCCACACAUUAUACUUCAUUAUUGUUUGUUCAAAACCAUUUGGGAUUGGAUUAUUCUUUUUCUAACAUUCUACACGGCCAUUAUGGUUCCAUUUAAUGCAGCCUUUAAGAUUAAGACAAUGGACCAGCUACCUUUAUUGGUAAUAGACAGUAUGGUUGACGUAGUGUUCUUUGUUGAUAUUGUUCUCAAUUUCCACACAUCAUUUGUUGGGUCAAGCGGUGAAGUUAUAUCCGACCCGAAGGUUAUUAGAAUGCACUACCUAAGAAGCUGGUUCGUGAUUGAUCUCCUGUCUUGUUUACCGUAUGAUGUCUUCAAUGCAUUCCAGUACGUAGAUGAUGGAAUAAGUACUUUAUUCAGUGCUUUAAAAGUAGUCCGGUUGCUUCGGCUUGGUCGAGUGGUGCGUAAAUUAGACCAUUAUUUGGAAUAUGGAGCGGCCAUGUUGGUUCUUCUAAUCCUGGUUUUCAUUUUGUUCGCGCAUUGGUUCGCCUGUAUUUGGUACUCUAUUGGCUACGCAGAGUUGGGUAGCAAAGUAACGUAUGGAUGGCUACCCGCAUUAUCCAGGGUAACAGGAGAGAUGUUUUCCUUUUCCAAUCACACCACUCCAAAUCAGUUACUGGGUGGGCCGGAUGUUGAAAUGAGAUACCUGACGUCACUUUAUUUUACACUCUCGUGCAUGACUGGUGUUGGAUUUGGAAAUGUGGCAGCUAAUACCAAAGCCGAGAAACUUUUUUCAGUCUUCAUGAUGAUUGUUGGAGCUUUACUGUAUGCCACAAUUUUCUCAAACGUCACCACCAUCUUUCAACAAUUCUAUGCCAGUUUUGCUAGAUACCACGAUAUGUUAAAUAGUGUUCGUGAAUUUAUGAAACUUCAUGAUGUACCUAAAUCAUUGAGUGAAAGAGUCAUGGACUAUAUAGUCUCAACUUGGGCAAUAUCGAAGGGAAUCGAUGCUACGAAGGUUUUGAAUUUCUGUCCAAAAGACAUGAAAGCUGAUUUGUGUGUCCAUCUAAAUAGGAAGGUGUUUUUAGAACAUCCAGCUUUUCGACUGGCCAGUGAUGGAUGUUUACGUGCUUUAGCAAUGCAUUUUAACAUGACUCACAGUGCGCCCGGUGAUCUUAUAUUUCAUUCUGGAGAAAGCCUGGAUGCUCUCUGUUUUGUUGUCUCUGGAUCUUUAGAAGUGAUACAAGAUGAAGAAGUGGUUGCCAUAUUAAGUAAAGGAGAUGUAUUUGGAGAUAUUUUUUGGAAGGAAACUGGCAUUGGUCAAUCAAUGGCAAAUGUGAGAGCUCUAACUUAUUGUGAUCUUCAUACAAUCAAACGGGAGCAACUAUUAGAAGUUUUAGAUUUCUACCAUGCCUUCGCUAAUUCCUUUUCGAGAAAUAUGACAUUGACAUACAAUCUUCGACACAGAUUAAUAUUUAGGAAGGUGGCCGACAUGAAAAAGGAAAAAGAAUUGGCUGAAAAGAGAAAGAAUGAUCCCCCGCUAGAUUUGUCGAAUGAUCACCCGGUUAGAAAGUUGAUUUCUAGGUUCCGUAAGAUAAGCGACAACAAACACUCCGUGAAGGAAGUAGACGAAGAAGCUGGAAAACCUUCUGUGGCUAACUUUAUUAAAGAAAAGAAGAAAGAAAAUAGUGUUGGGCCAUCUCAAUGGGGAAAAUUUCUCAAUCGCAUUGGCAGAAAUAGUGCCUCAACAAAUGAUUUAGCCGAACAAGAAGUACAAGAGAAGGCACCGCCGACAACAAAAUGGAAUAUCUUAGACAAAAUAGACUCGGCCUACGAAAAUGUGGAUAAUGUGGGCGUCAAGUCCAAUCUUCAGAAAACUGAAUCCGUAGAUUCUGGGUUUCUCAAGAGUAAUAAUAGGCUAGAUGAGACGGAUGAGGAAGUUCGGUCGUACCCAGGAAAAAGUGCUCUUUCACCCGUCGAACAACACCUAAUAACCUCCCUUAUCAACAUCAAACUUGAAAUCAAGGAAGACUUGGACAUUUUGAAUCAAAAGAUAAACAGAAUUGAAGGACAAAUGUGUGACAUUAUUCGUUUCUUUUCGCCACUUUCAACACCGAGUUAUUCAUUUAUUUCAACAUAUCCAAGUUCUAAAUAUAAUUCUCCACAUGACACCGUUUCCUCCAAUAGUGAAAACUUUUCUCCCAAAACAUACUCACCAAAAACAUCACCCAAAAAUUCCCCCCAAAGAACAGUAAACUAUAAGAAUGAUCACCAGGACACGACGCCUCGGCAUCAUUCGUGUGAUAAUUCCGGUAGUUCCUCGCGACCCAAAUCACCGGAUAAUAAUAACCUGAAUAAGGUUCCAUCAAAUGAGAAAAAAGUACAUAUCAAAGAUAGAGAUCUAGAUAUUAUUUAGAUCAACCAUUUUUUAAAUCUUUAUUAUUAUUAUUACCUUUAUUACUACUAAUAUUAUUAUUGUUAUUUUUUUCUUCUUUGCAUAUUAUCACGACAAAUGCCUUACACACAAAUUUAAAAUUAUUAUUAUCAUUUUAACUUAUUCUAAAAUUAAAA